AUGUCGAGGUAUGCCUCCUCAGAAGGGGUAUUGGAUCCAACCCCUCCAUCUUUGAAUGCCACGGACCCUGGCAUGUUGCCCCUUGGGAUUUCGAUUGGACGAAAGUACGUUGGCGCUGCUGAAGUGGCUCGAGCUACCUACCAAAUGGGCAAGGCCACAGCAUCGCCAUAUGUUCCGGUCCUGGGGUACAUGAGCCUCGUAUGUCCGGAACCGAUAGGGAACGUCCACUCCGACGCUGUCCGCGUAUGCAAGAACCAUACUGGUUCAACUGACAUCAGCACUGAGGCAGAGAAGCACUGA